GAGCGCAGGUUUGUCAAUUGGGAACAAACCCACGUUUCUUUUAACACCGUUCUACGGAAAAGUCAGGAGACAAAACUGCGGCUCUUUGAUCGCCAGAAUUAGCUGAGCAACAUGCGUGAGAAACGGGACCAGUCAAUGACCAUGUCACUGUCCCAGCCAAAGGGGUGAAGUCUGGCCACACCCGGGAGAUUUUAAACUUCCCAGAAGACCCAACCAGAUCAAGUUACAGUGAAGAUGAAGGUUCUUUCAUUCUGUCCUAGCUCUGCAGUGAGCACCUCUCUGCCUGAUUUCAUCAUUUUCUUCAUUAUUUAUCACAUUCACAAGCUGGAAUCAGCCCAAUUCAGAGUGAUGGGUCCUGAUCACCCUGUCACUGCCAUGGUGGGUGAGAAUAUUGUGUUACCCUGUCACCUGUCCCCCAGGAUGAGCGCUGAGAACAUGGAGGUGAGAUGGUUCCGAUCUGAGUUCACUUCAGUUGUUCACCAGUAUCAGGAAGGAAAGGAUCAGUAUGGAGAGCAGAUGCGAGACUAUCAUGGAAGGACCGAGCUUUUGAAAGCUGGCAUCACGGAUGGGAAUGUUUCCUUGCAGAUUCUUAAUAUCAGCCGCUCAGAUGAAGGACAAUACAGCUGCUUUGUUCAAGAUGGUCCUUUUUAUGAAGAAGCCCUAUUGGAACUAAAGGUAGCAGUUUUGGGCUCCAAUCCUCUCAUCUCUGUGGAGAGCCACCAGGAUGGAGGGAUCCGGGUGGUUUGUCAAUCGGCUGGGUGGUACCCAGAGCCCAAGGUGCUAUGGAGAGAUCUCCGUGGGCAAGAAUUACCAUCACUCUCUGAAGCAAAAUCGCUAGGGGAUAGUGGCCUGUUUGAAACAGAAAAUUCUAUUAUUAUAAAAGAACAUUCAAACCAGAACCUGUCCUGUUGGAUCAGGAACACCGUUCUCAAUCAAGAAAAGGAAUCCACAGUUUAUAUAGCAGAUUCCUUUUUCCCGAGGGUGAAUCCAUGGAUGGUGGCUCUGAGUGCGAUCCUGGUGGUUUUGUUUGUUUCCAUUGGCCUCACUGUUUAUCUAUUUAAAAUAAAAGAUGCUCUUCAAAGAGAACUCGACUGGAGAAGAAACAUCAUCUGCCCAGGAUGGGAGCUGUGGCCUGUCUAUAUCUGAUACAGAACCCUCAUCUGCUAGUAGUAACUUGGCAACCUACUGUGCACAAGGAGGACGUGACGGGAAGUGAGGUAGCACAAAGGUAGCAAAGUUACUCAGGCUCAUCAAGUCCAGUGAAGUCUGUGAGGAGGUUCAGAGGGACCUACCCACUCAAGCUGCGUGAAAGGGAAACAUAGGAAAUGAAGUCCAUUGGUGAUAAAUUAAUGCUCCGUGGAGGGAAAAUAUUGAACAUCUCAUUCAGGUGACAGGCUUUGAAAAUAAGUGGCCUAAGCCCUGGAGAAGGCCGGCAUCUGCAUUAGGUACCAGCUGGAGCCCUCAUACUCAGCUAAUACUCAGGGAGAGGAGAGGCAAAAGGGCAACUGCCCUGGGGCCUGGAGAUUAUUAAGUUCCCAGGGCCCCUGGCCACCAUGGCUGUGGCCAGAGUCCCAGGCCCUUUAAAUCACCGCCAGAGCCCUGGGCGGAGGGCCGGUCAGCGCUGCAGGGUU